AUGACAUCUGUAGAAGAACUGACUGUACAAGUACCAUGGGGUCAAAUUGCAGUGAAGCUAUGGGGCCCAACAGCUGAUCUGAAGAUUAUGGCUGUUCAUGGACUCAAUGAUAAUGCAGCUUCAUUUGACCAGUUGAUCCCUCUGCUCGGUGGUGGGCUGUGUGUGGCAUGUGUGGACCUGCCUGGUCAUGGGCGGUCCUCUCCGUUACCACUCGGAUUGCUCCCCAGUCCACUGCACCUCGCCUGGGCACUCCGAAGAGUGGUGGACCAUUUCCAGUGGGGUCGGUUUGACCUCUUGUCUCACAGCAUGGGAGGCCAUGUUGCCGUCUAUCUCUCUGCUCUCUUCGCCACGUCAAUCACCCGUGUUUGUCUCAUUGACGGCUUCUUCGCCCACGUUAUUCCGGAGGGUGAUUUCGUCCUAGAGAGAUGUCAGGUGGUACUAGACAAACUCUUGAGACACGAGUCGCAAACAAACAAACACCUCUAUACUUACGAGGAGAGUCUAUCUAAACUGGGCCGAGAUCGACAAACGAAUCUGGGAAUCGAGAGUAUCAGGGCAUUGCAGAAAAGGGCCUUCUCAAAAACCACAAAUGGUUAUGUGUACAACAACGAUUCUAGGAUGAAACUACUGACUUAUCCUCUGAUUACACUGGAUUUUCAUCUCGGUCUGAUAAGAAGAAUGGACUGUCGGCUGUUAAUGAUAUCGACGUCACAGUUUGAACCGUUCCUGUCGACACCUGCCACCAAACGUUCUCUAGUCGAGCUCCAACAGACUCUGGGCAGCAGAAUGCAGACUGUUCGAGUGGAAGGAUCUCACGAUGUACAUAUGGAUCAACCCCUAAAUUUAGUACCCAUCAUCAAACAAUUCUUCUCUUGUCAAAAGUGUCUUUUGUGA